GUUUCCCUGUUCAGUUUUGUUUGGUUAGGCCAACGGGCUGCAGCAGCAAUGAGGCACAUGCCCGGGCUCAUUGCCACAACUCCGGCUAAACGGCAACAAUAGUCACGAUAAUUGCACCGUUCGACUUCGAAGGAUAAAUCGGCAGACACACAAUCAGAAUGUCGCAUUUGCUGAGGCGCACCAAGAAGUCCUGUCUGAAGUUGCUGCGCCGGAUAUCGACCUCGAAGCAGCUAUUUGUGCAGCGCCUGGACGAGGAGGAUGGCGACGAGGACGAUGUGGAGCCGGAAGUGGUGAUGGACCUGCAGCGGGGCCUCGAGCUGGAUGUCAACAGCAAUUGCCACAUGACGGAGGCCAUCUACGAGGAGCUGCAGCUGGAGGAGUGCAACCAGAACGAGGCGCCACCGGAGUUGGCCAGAGAAGCGGAGGAGCCGCCGCCCCAGGAGGGGAAGCUCGAUCUGAGAACAAAGUACUUGAUGAACUACGGAAACUAUGAGGUGCUGGCCACCGCUCCGUCCGCCAUUGAGUUCGAGCGGGUGCCCUACAAGGAAAACGUGCGCUAUCUCCGGCACACGCCCUCCAACUCCAGUCUGGACCUGCAGCUGGAGGAGCAGCAGCAGCAGCAGGUGGCACAGCCGACCCCGAGGCAGCUAUCUGUACAGCAUCCUCCCAGACAGACGCCCCAGAAGAUGGUCAGUCACCGGCUGCAGCACCAGCAUCCCUGCAGCAUCAGCCUGGGCUCCAAGUUCGAGGGCAACUACCACAGCGUGGUGAUCAUGGAGCCGCCGCACGACGACUUUCCCAUCGUCAAGUGGGACAUCAAUGGCAACUCCCUGGACGACGACACCUGCGAUCGGUGGGAGGACUUUGACACGAGGUGGCGGCAGGCUGCAUCGGCCACCACCAGACCAUUUUCGCAAUCGCAGUCUCAAAAGUCCAGUCACCAGUCCAGCUCCUGCACCUUGGAGACCUGGGUGGACGAUGCGGAGCCGCUGAGCCUGGAGCUGCACAGGCACGAGAAUGCGGCCAACUGUAACCUAUGCCUUAGGAGCUUCUGAGUCCGGGAGAAUCGGGAAUCAGGGUACCCAUAUAUAUACAUAUAUAUUUAUAUAUAGUAAUGUAUAACCUCCACACUUUGCGUCCAGCGAUAGAGCACAGAAACCAGUCUUGUGAGAAUUACCUUCGUAACAUAUAUGUAUUCGACUCGGAGAGAGU